AGCCCGCUGCACAUGGCGGCGCGACGCGGAUCGCAAAAGAUUGUCCAGAUGCUGCUUCAGCAUGGCGCUGACAUCAACGCGCGAGACGCCCAAAGCAUGACGCCAUUGACGCUUGCAAUCCUCCAGAACCACGAGGCCGUGGCCAGCAUAUUGUUGGCCCAUGGGGCCGACGUAUUGGCGCUGGACCACCAGCAGCGGUCGGCACUACACCUCGCUGUAUUGCAUCGCCGCGAACGGCUCUUGAGGAUCAUAGUCCGGCAU